ACAACGUGCGGUCACGCUGCGACGAUUUUCAAUUACUUUUGCAACUGCGAUUUCUAAACGAACGGCUUUUGCUUUUUCAUUAAAUAAAGAUGCAUAGAUUACCAACUGUAUUGCGGGGUGCUGCUUUGCGCCAGUUGCAAACUCGUUCCUAUGCUAAAGAUGUACGUUUUGGGUCUGAAGUUAGAGCGCUCAUGUUACAAGGUGUAGACAUUUUAGCAGAUGCUGUUGCUGUGACAAUGGGUCCUAAGGGUCGUAAUGUUAUCUUGGAACAAAGUUGGGGUAGCCCAAAGAUUACCAAAGAUGGUGUUACAGUAGCUAAAGGAGUAGAGUUGAAGGAUAAAUUUCAGAAUAUUGGAGCAAAGUUGGUACAGGAUGUAGCAAAUAAUACAAAUGAAGAAGCUGGUGAUGGUACAACCACAGCUACAGUGUUAGCAAGAGCCAUUGCUAAGGAAGGUUUUGAAAAAAUCAGUAAAGGUGCCAAUCCUGUAGAAGUUAGACGUGGUGUUAUGUUAGCUGUUGAUAAAGUAAAAGAUGAAUUGAAAGCUUUAAGUAAACCAGUAACCACUCCAGAAGAAAUUGCUCAAGUUGCAACCAUCUCGGCUAAUGGAGAUCAAGCCAUUGGUACUCUUAUUUCUGAUGCCAUGAAAAAGGUUGGAAAGGAAGGUGUUAUUACAGUAAAGGAUGGUAAAACACUGCACGAUGAACUUGAGGUUAUAGAAGGAAUGAAGUUCGAUAGAGGCUACAUAUCUCCAUACUUCAUAAAUUCUAGUAAAGGAGCAAAAGUUGAAUUUCAAGAUGCACUUUUACUCUUCAGCGAGAAAAAGAUAUCGUCUGUACAAUCUAUAAUUCCAGCAUUGGAAUUGGCAAAUUCACAACGAAAACCACUUGUGAUUAUUGCUGAAGAUGUUGAUGGCGAAGCUCUGUCAACUCUUGUAGUCAAUAGGUUGAAAAUUGGUUUGCAGGUGGCCGCGGUUAAGGCCCCUGGUUUUGGAGACAAUAGAAAAGCGACGCUCCAGGAUAUGGCAAUUUUGACUGGAGGAAUUGUUUUUGGAGAUGAUGCAAAUCUUGUUAAGUUGGAGAAUGUACAAUCAUGCGAUCUGGGUGAAGUAGGAGAAGUAGUAAUCACAAGGACAAAUACAACUUCUGAUUAUGAGAAGGAAAAAUUGCAAGAACGUUUGGCAAGGUUAGCAUCUGGGGUUGCAGUUUUAAGAGUUGGUGGUAGCAGCGAAGUAGAAGUCAAUGAAAAGAAGGAUAGAGUCCAUGAUGCUCUUAAUGCUACCCGUGCCGCUGUUGAAGAAGGCAUUGUUCCAGGAGGUGGGACUGCCCUUCUAAGGUGUAUACCGAUAUUGAAAAAUUUAAAAGCAUUGAACAAUGAUCAAGAAACAGGAAUCAAAAUCGUGGCGAACGCUUUACGUAUGCCGUGCUUACAGAUUGCUCAAAACGCAGGCGUUGAUGCUAGUGUGGUAGUGGCCAAAGUUAGUGAAAGUAAUCUCGGUUAUGAUGCUUUAAAUGAUGAAUACGUCGAUAUGAUCGAGAAAGGAAUUAUUGAUCCAACGAAAGUAGUACGUACAGCCCUUACCGAUGCCGCGGGUGUUGCAUCGUUGCUUACCACUGCAGAAGCGGUGGUAACAGAAUUGCCUAAGGAGGAACCUCAGAUGCCGAUGGGUGGUGGUAUGGGUGGAAUGGGUGGAAUGGGCGGUAUGGGUGGUAUGGGAGGCAUGGGCAUGUAAUGAAGUGAAAUCCCACAUAAAGACUGAAUUUCGUAUUACAAUUAAUAUUCGGUUAGAAUUGCAGUUUAAUCGCAAUAUUAACUUUCAUGUUGUGAAUUGCGGUUAAAGUUGCAAAUACGCGACCAUAAUUUCCAACUGCGUAAUCAGAAUGCUGGACGUGUUUAGGACAGUUGUACUUUGAACAGAAGGAUAAAAGCACACAGAAAAUGCAAGUUUUUUUUGCUUAUAUGUUGUAACAUUUGU